GACGAGUGGUGGUUAAUCAACAGCGCGAAAUGCGCCUCCAGAUAUUCAGUACACACUCUCUGCCGCAGCUCCCGUCAUGAGACUUUUCCUAAGGCAGGUAUGGACCUUAACGGUCAAGAACCUCCUAGUGGUUCUUGUUCGCCCGCUGUUUACAACGGUUAUGAGGGCCUUGGUGUUGCCUGUAAUCUUCGUUGCGUUCAUCUCUUAUGCUCGAAACCUGUUCGUCCAGCCUGCAACAUACGGAAUCGGCGACCCCACUGCUUUGCGAUCAUUCUCGGACGCCCUAGGGCUUGUCGGCGCGAGCAGAGACAAACUAGUGUUUGUCCAUAAUGACCUUCUUGGCGGUGCCAUCGAGCAGGUCAUUGACCGAGUUGCAGAACCUGCAAGGGCCAAUGAGGAUGUUCAUAUCCUAUCUUCCGAGAGUGAACUCCGAGAUCUAUGUCGCUCGACUCUGCGAGGUGUGUCGUCCUGCAUAGCGGCGGCGGUCUUCUAUUCUUCGCCAACUGAGGGAUCAGGGGAGGGCUGGAAUUACUCGAUUCGAACGGACGCUGCCCUCGGUGCAGGCAUCGAGGUCGACUCUCAUGACAACGACCAGGAGAUAUACCUUCUUCCCUUCCAGCACUCUAUUGACUGGGCUAUCGCUCAAGUCAACAGCUCUGAUGGUCAGAAUGCGCUCCCGGAAGAGAUUAUGCAGUAUCCGUUCACUUCUUUGACUCAAGAUGGGCGACAGGACGAGAUAAGAAGAAACUACAUGGGCUCGAUCAUCAACAUCCUCGCUAUCGCUAUUUUCAUUGGUAUUGUUGGAGUCACAUACCAGCUGACCGGGUUGGUCGCAAUGGAACGUGAGCUCGGCAUGAGUCAGUUGAUCGACUGCAUGAUGCCGAAUAACUCUCUCUGGCAGUCCCAAGCAGCUCGGUUUACCGCAGCCCAUCUGGCUUUGGACAUGGUGUACGGCAUAGGCUGGAUUGUCGCCGGCGCAAUCUUGAAGUUCGGCGUCUUCAGCGAGACCUCGGCAGGCAUUGUUAUCAUCUACCACAUUCUAGUGGGUCUGGCCUUGUCCUCCUUUGCAAUCUUCGGUGCUUCCUUUUUCAGAAAAGCACAACUCAGCGGCAUAUCAGUGGUCAUCAUUUGUUUGCUUCUGGGCGUGGUGGCGCAAGUAGCGCCCGCCAAAAGCAACGGACCAGUUGCAAUUCUCGGGCUCUUGUUCCCAUCUAUGAACUAUGUCUACUUCCUGAUCUUCAUGGCUCGCUGGGAGAAACAGAGCCUUGCUACAAACCUUGUUCAGGAAGCGCCGGACAAUCCAUGGUCUCUUCCCGGCAUCGCCUUGUGGAUAUUUCUCAUCGUCCAAAUCUUUGCCUAUCCUAUUCUGGCUGCUAUCGUCGAGCGUCUACUUUAUGGUACGACCUCCAAAGAUCGCCAAACCGUCUCUGGCGACAGUACUGCCGCCCUAAGUCUCAAAUCAUUCAGUAAGGUUUAUCAACCUGGCUGGUUUCAUCGAAAUGUAGCAGCCCGGUUUGGGAGCAAUCGCCAGAGUGUCUAUGCGGUCAAUAAUCUGACAUUAGACGUCAACAAGGGACAGAUCAUGGUUCUACUGGGAGCCAAUGGCUCGGGCAAAUCAACGACGCUAGACGCGAUUUCUGGUCUGACAAAGGUUUCUUCGGGAGAAAUCAAUAUCAGCUAUGGCCCCUCGGGCGGAAAGUUUGGUUUAUGUCCUCAGAAAAACGUGCUCUGGGACACUCUCACUGUCAAGGAGCAUGUCAAAAUCUUCAACAGACUAAAGACUACUGGAAAGACGGACACAAAUGACCAACUCCUAAAACUCAUUGAUGACUGUGAUUUGGGCCUGAAAGUGAACGCACCAUCAAGGACGCUUUCCGGAGGUCAAAAACGCAAAGUUCAGCUGGCAAUGAUGUUUACUGGAGGGUCUUCUGUUUGCUGUGUGGACGAGGUCUCUUCCGGUCUCGAUCCAAUCUCCCGCAGAAAGAUCUGGGAUAUCCUUCUCGCGGAAAGAGGGUUUAGAACUAUACUCUUAACCACCCACUUCUUGGACGAGGCAGAUCUCCUUGCGGACUACAUUGCCAUUCUAUCAAAGGGUGUCCUCAAGGCCGAGGGAUCAAGUGUCGAGCUGAAACAUCGACUCGGCUCAGGAUACCGCAUUCAUGUCAUGAAAGUCCCAGGGUCUCAUAUCACAUUGGGUCCCCAACUCAAGGGGAUUCCCCAAGAAUCUCACUUCGAUGAGACGGUGUAUACGGUUCAAGAUUCGGCGGAAGCUGCUCGCUUUGUUUCGAUGCUGGAGCAAGAAGGGAUCACCGACUACCGAGUCAGCGGGCCUACUAUCGAGGAUGUGUUUCUCAAGGUUGCUGAGGAGCUGGAUUCCAACAGGGCCCGGGAUUCCGUGGACGACGAGGAUGUGCAAGAACUGCCCAAAGGCCAUGAGAAGUUGGACGGCAAGGAUGAUCGCCAGACGUUACAGCUCCUUACAGGCAAGAGAAUUGGCAUGCUUCUCCAGGCCUGGUAUUUGUUUCGCAAGAGAUUCAUCAUCCUACGCCGCAACCCUAUCCCAUACAUGGCGGCUCUUUUAAUUCCCAUCAUCGCGGCGGGCUUAGUAACUCUUUUCCUCCAGGAUGUUGAUAAGGCCGGAUGCUCCGGGGAAUCAAUCUCUAGGACGCAAGAUGUUGAAUCUUUAGGGUCAUUAGACAGCUUCAAACUUUUGCUUGGGCCGUCUGAUCGAGUAUCCACAUCUGUCCUUGAGAAUUUUGUCGGCUCAUUAUCGGGCAAUGGAGGCUCAAGCACAGGGGAUUCUCCUGCGAACAUCGAGUCUUUCUUUCACAUGGUGGACAGUCUUCCGGAAUUCUCAAACUACCUCGAAAACAAUUAUGCCAACGUAACGCCGGGCGGCUUCUGGUUAGGAGACAAUUCCUCCGAGACGACGCUUGCCUGGAAAGGUGACAAUGGAGAUUUUCCGCUCGCUGCUAUUACUCAGAAUGGCCUCAAUCGCUUGUUGACUGGCAUUCCCAUCGCCUUCCAAUUUCAAUACCUUGAUAUUCCUUGGGCACCGAGCGCCGGGGAUACUCUCCAGCUCAUGGUUUACUUUGGUCUCGCUAUGUCGGCCUAUCCGGCUCUCUUCGCUCUGUAUCCAACCAUCGAACGUCUGCGCAAUGUGCGAGCAUUGCACUUCAGCAAUGGCGUCCGAAGUGUCUCACUUUGGCUAGCAUAUCUUGCGUUCGACUUUUGUAUUGUUGUCGCUAGUAGCGUUCUGGCGAUCAUCAUAUUCCGGGCAGUUUCCGACAUUUGGUACUACCCGGGAUAUCUUUUUGUCGUUUUCUUUUUGUAUGGACUGUGUGCUACCUUGAUGUCAUACUUGGUGUCUUUGUUCUGCAAAUCGCAACUGGCCGCUUUUGCAUUCGCCGCUGGCGGACAGUGUUGUCUGUUCCUCAUAUACUUCAUUGCCUACAUGGCGGUGUUGACGUAUUCUCCGACAGACAAGACAGACGACUACAUCAACAUUACCCAUUUCACUAUCGCCGCUAUAUCGCCAUCCGGAAACCUACUCCGCUCUAUGUUCGUUUCGCUAAACACAUUCUCUAUCCUAUGUCGAGGCCGAGAAAUGGUAUCUUAUCCCGGCGAUAUCACGGUCUACGGAGGGCCGAUUCUUUACCUAAUAGUCCAGUCCUUUGUACUCUUUGGACUGAUUAUCUGGGUUGAUGAGGGCUUCCCACUCUCCUUCCUCAGGGUCAAGUCCAAGACCAAAGCCAUUGACUUGGAAGAAAAAGACCCGAUAGACCAAGACCUUGCCGCGGAAACGAGUCGCGUAACGGGCUCCGAUGACGGGCUCCGAGUGCUCCAUCUCACCAAAACUUUCAUGAAAUUCACCGCCGUCGAAGAUGUGACCUUCGGUGUCGGAAAAGGCGAGGUAUUUGCCCUCCUAGGACCGAACGGUGCCGGAAAGACCACUACCAUCUCUCUCGUCCGCGGCGAUGUCCAGCCCUCUCGCAACGGUGGCGACAUCUUCGUCGACCACAUUUCCGUGCUGAAGCAUCGUGCAGCGGCCCGCUCCCGUCUAGGUGUAUGCCCUCAGUUCGAUGCAAUUGACCAGAUGACCGUCCUGGAGCAUUUGACUUUCUACGCGCGCAUCCGUGGCGUGUCCGACAUUGCGCAUAACGUCACCGAGGUCAUGCGCGCCGUCGGCCUCAUCCCUUUCAAACACCGCAUGGCAGCCAAGCUCUCCGGCGGAAACAAGCGCAAGCUCUCCCUCGGCAUCGCCCUAAUGGGCAACCCCACCGUGCUACUUCUCGACGAACCCUCCUCCGGCAUGGAUGCCGCAUCGAAGCGAGUCAUGUGGAAAACACUCGCCUCUGUAGUUGAGGGCCGAUCCAUCGUGCUCACGACCCAUUCAAUGGAAGAAGCCGACGCCCUGGCCCACCGCGCCGGCAUCAUGGCGAAGCGCAUGCUCGCCCUUGGCACGACGAACUUCCUGCGCUCCAAGUACGGGAACAUGUAUCACGUUCACCUGGUCCAUGCGGAAGCACCCCACACAACAGAUGCCGAAAUGGAGCGGAUUCGUAGCUGGGUCAGGGAGAAUCUUCCCGGCGCCGUCAUCGAGCAGAAGACAUAUCACGGUCAGCUUCGGUUUAGUGUUCCUGCCACCUUUGGAACCGAUGACGAGUCUUCCUCCAUCUUGGAGAAGGACGAGAUCACCGAGGGUUCUGAGAUCCCGGGGAGCAGCAAGAGCAGUGUCAGUCAGCUCUUCUCUCGUCUGGAGCGGAACAAAGCCUUGCUAGGAGUGCAGUAUUAUUCCGUUAGUCAGACCACUUUGGACCAGGUGUUCCUCACUAUUGUCGGGCAGCAUCAUAUUAAGGAGGAGAAUUCGGCAUAGACUAUAUGCAUUGUUAAUAUAUGACUUUAUACGCACAAUUUCGACUUGUCUUACAUAGGAUAUCAUGUUCGUUUGCACAAUGAUCAGAGUAUUAGAUUAGAGGUCAUGUUGAUGUUGAGGAAAGG